AGGAGAGCAGAGGCAGAACACCAAAAAUAAACUUUCAAGUUCCAUCUUCGAACUUAGUUUUCCAGUAAUCCAUAGACAAUCUCUCUGUUCUCGCCAUUCUGAUUACACGUAUAUGUACAUAUGUAGGUCUGCGAUAAACAUUUACUUACAUUAAUUCUCUCGAUCUUCAAAAAUGGUAAGAAAACGCGUCCCAGAUUGGCUCAACAGCUCGCUGUGGACCUCCCCUCCGGCCCCCGCUGAAGAUCGGCUUGUAUCCUCUCCCUCUGCAACCUCCUCUGCUGCCGCCUUCGCGGACCCUCCAGCGGCGGAGCCACCUGUUCCAGUGCCGCCUCCGGCAGUUACGAGGCAAGAACCUCCGAAACAGGAAACAAUCACCAAAAAUUCAAGGAACAGUAGCGCUAGCGAUGAUAGCAGCAAUGGCAGUGGUCCGUCUCCGGACGACAUCUCACGCCAGGCCCAGCUGCUGGCCGAGUUGUCAAGGAAGGUAAUAAAUAUGCGGGAAUUGAGGAGGAUCGCUUCCCAGGGGAUACCAGAUGGGGCCGGGAUUCGUUCUACAGUCUGGAAGCUCUUGUUGGGGUAUUUGCCACCUGAUCGUGGACUUUGGUCGUCUGAAUUGGCUAAGAAGAGAUCACAAUAUAAGCAUUUUAAAGAAGAACUUUUGAUGAAUCCUUCAGAAGUCGCAAGGAAGUUGGAUAAAUCCUCAAUCUAUGACAAUGAGCCAAAUAGUGGAAGUAGUGGUGUACUUGCGAGGUCCGAAGUCACUCAUGGAGAGCAUCCUUUGAGCCUUGGGACGACCAGCAUUUGGAAUAAAUUCUUUCAGGAUACGGAGAUCAUAGAGCAGAUUGAUCGAGAUGUAAUGCGCACUCAUCCUGACAUGCACUUCUUCUCUGGUGACUCAUCGUUCGCAAAGUCUAAUCAGGAGGCUUUGAAGAACAUAUUAGUUGUAUUUGCGAAGUUAAAUCCGGGGAUAAGAUAUGUUCAAGGGAUGAAUGAGAUUUUGGCGCCAUUAUUCUAUAUAUUCAGGAAUGACCCUGACAAUGAAAAUGCGGCAUCUGCUGAAGCAGACACAUUCUUUUGCUUUGUUGAAUUAUUGAGUGGAUUCCGGGAUAAUUUCUGUCAGCAACUUGACAACAGUGUGGUGGGAAUUCGUUCAACAAUGACAAGGUUGUCGCAGCUUUUGAAGGAACACGACGAAGAGCUGUGGCGUCAUCUUGAGGUCACAACCAAAGUCAACCCCCAGUUUUACGCAUUUAGAUGGAUUACUCUGCUCUUGACUCAGGAAUUCAAUUUCGCAGACAGCCUUCAUAUUUGGGACACACUUCUCAGCGACCCUGAAGGUCCCCAGGAGACCGUGCUUCGGAUAUGUUGUGCAAUGCUGAUUCUCAUUAGGAGACGCCUGCUUGCAGGGGAUUUCACUUCUAAUCUGAAGCUACUCCAAAAUUAUCCAUCGACAAACAUUAGCCAUUUGCUCUAUGUUGCAAACAAGUUGCGUGUUCAGCCCUCUACCUAAUUGUUUAUGUUUUUGCACUGUUGUUUUCUUUGUAGUAUCUUCUCUCCAGUAAUUUUGUGUUGUAGGAUUUGGUGUUUGUAAAUUAUUGGAUGCAAAUGUCAAUUUGAGAAUAACGCUAACUUGCAGGGAGAUCGUUCUUUUUGUUAUUCACUAAUUACCUUGUAAUGAAAUAGGUACAUAUUUGAUUGGAUUCUAGACUGAGAAGGUGGUGAUUUAGUUCUUUGGAUCUGUGUUAUGAGGUCGUGAUCUUCUUGUUUGUUCAUACUAUU